AUGUUUUCACGCAACAAGAAGCGGCCAGUAUCCCAGCAGCCAGCACAAACCCCCGCAAAGCCACAGCAAAACGGCCAACAUCUGCAGUCACGGCCCUCUACGACCAGUAAUCCAUAUUACCAGCAUGCACACAACAAUCCCCCUCCUCCUCCGCCCACCGCACGCCCAUACCGUCAUCCCCCACCUGGCGCUGACAUGCGCCUCUGGCAAGUGUUUUGCAAUGUUGACAAGGAUGGAAGUGGUGCGAUAGAUCUGCGGGAACUCCAGCAGGCACUCAUCAAUUCAAACUGGACCACCUUUGAUCUUGAUACCAUCAAGAUGCUCAUGAACAUCUUUGACACGGACCGCAGUGGCACAAUAGGCUUCAACGAGUUUGCAGGACUCUAUAAGUAUAUAGAAGACUGGCAAGGCGUCUUUCGGCAUUACGACCAGGACCGAAGUGGCACGAUCGAAGAGAGAGAACUCUUUGACGCCCUCAAUGGGUUUGGAUACAACUUAUCCCCUUACAUCGUGCGCAUGAUUCUCCACAAGUACAGUAGCACGCCCGUUACUGGCUACGGCAUGCCGUCGCCCUCUAUCACCUUUGACCGCUUUGUUCGCGCCUGUGUCGUCGUCAAAGAUCUCACCGACUCCUUCCGAGCAGCGGACCGUGACAAUGACGGAUGGAUCCAAAUCAAUUACGACCAAUACAUGAGCAUGUUUCUCAAAUCGCCAUGA